AUGUACUUUUUAAUAAUGUUUAUAUUAAUAUUACGUUGCUUUAUAUGCCCGGAAAAGUAUAGUGCGAGGCUACAUGCUAGGCAGCCUUCACCUGUAUUCAGCUCUCACUCAGCAGGCAGCCCCGUUGUAGAGGAAGGGGAUAGAAUGGAGGAAAUGGAGGGGAAGGACUCACUCAAGUGCACUGGUAGCGAGUGUAACCUAGAUCCAUCAUCACGAUCCAUCGAUCCAUCCAGAGAUCCAUGGAUAAGCAUGGGCCAGAAGGUAAGUACACAUCUAGGUGAUGCUUGCGGACUGACUGCACUGUCUGUCUGUACUGUAUCUUAUAGGCCUCGAAGUAAGGAUGACUGUCAUAAAUUAUCUGACUUCUCCAUUCCACAAUUACCAAUUCCUCAGCCGGAGGAUUUGUCUAGUCGGUUACAUCCUGUAGUACUAUGUUACCCAUCUACUCUAUCUAUCUACCUACCUACCUACCUAUCAAUUCUAUGUGAAUUGUCUGAUUAG